AUGGAGCGGAACUUGGAACAAAGGCAGGCCAGAACUGCGAAGGCCCGGAAGGAUAAUACUUUGGAGGCUCCGGUGAACAUCAUUGCAGAGGCUCCGGUGGACGUCACUGCAGAGGCUCCGGUGGACAUCACUACAGAGGCUCCGGUGGACGUCGUCACCGCAGAAGCUCCGGUGGACAUCACUGCAGAGGCCCUGGCGGACAUCAGUGCAGAGGCUUGGAUGGACAGCAGUGCCGAGCCUCCAAGGGAAGAGUGGACUGAGGAUCAUCAAGAACACAUCAGAGUGUUCCCUUAUCAGAUACGCCUUUCAGCUGCCAUGUCAGAUGUUACAGGCCUCCAAAAUGCUAACUCUGAAACCUCAUCACAGUUAUCAGAAAAAAUACCAACUGACUUGGAUGGGCCAUUCGGCUUGGGGUCUCUGGUUGUCCCUUCUUUGCAGCGUUUCAACAACAUUAACUUCUUCCUUAUCUCGUUCUGUAUAUUGACCCUAGCUCAAGGUAUUGUAUUUGGUCUGACUGAUUUGACUAUUGGAAAUUUUGAGAGGGAUUUUUAUCUGUCACACUCAGAGAAAGUUCUAUUGACCACUGCGUAUGAUCUUUCAUCAUUAUUGGUAGUAAUUAUUGUAGCCCACUAUGGAGGCAGAGGGAAGAGGUCAAGAUGGGUGGCAGCUGCCGCCUUUUUAGUAGGACUUGGAUCAUUUAUAGGUGCUCUCCCAUACUUGAAAUAUGAAGUUAUACAUCCGGUGGAAGAAACUGAAGAGUUGUGCAAAGGUGAAGAACAAAGAUCAAUGCCAAAUUGUGAGAAAAUCAUACCAUUCAAAUCAGAAAUUAUCUAUCUUUCUGUCAUCGGGCAGUGUUUUCAGGGAUUUGCAUCGAUGCCGAUGUAUGUCCUUGGUAUGACCUACAUUUAUGACAACAUUUCCUCGUACUUGGCUGGAAUCUAUUUAGGUAUUGCAGAUGCUUCAUUCGUACUGGGAUAUGGUCUGGGUUAUGCAGUGGGAUCACCAAACCUUAGGCCUUCAUUUAAUCACAGUUCUGAGGAAAAGGUAAAUGACAACUUUCUUUGGUGGCAGUUCAAUUGGUUUCUUGGUUUUUUCAGUGCCACUCUACUUGCAUGGUUCACAGUUUUCCCAUUUUUAUGUUUUCCACACAGAUUACCUGGUUCAAGCAAGCUAAGAGUAUGGAAGGAAAACGAACCUUUCUUUUACAAGAAGUAUAAAGAUUUAAAGUACGGAUAUAGUUUUCAGGAUCUGCUUCGUGCUCUUCAGUAUCUGGUUAAGAACCCACUGCUGAUGUGCUACUCAAUGUGCAAAGCCACAGAGUCCUUGGCUUUGAUCGGAGCUUCAGAAUUUUUGCCAAAAUAUUUAGAAAAUCAAUUCUUGUUAUCACCCUCAAGUGCUGCUCUGCUCACAGGAAUUAUUUUAAUUCCAGGAGGUGCAAUCGGCAAUUUUCUGGGAGGUUUCAUUGUUUCCAAGAUGAAAAUGUCUUGUAAAACCCAAAUGAGAUUUAUAACGGUAACAUCUGUUAUAUCACUUCUGCUUUUUGUGUUAAACGCUUUUGUGAAGUGUGAAAGAGUGAAAUUUGCUGGAAUCAAUAGCGAUUAUGAAGGAUCAGGUACCCUUGGAAACCUAACAGCGCCGUGCAACGCACACUGUGGUUGCACAAGUCACACCUACUAUGCUAUAUGUGGAAGAGAUGAGACUGAAUACUUCUCUCCCUGCUUUGCAGGCUGCCUUAAUUCUAAAGAGUUAAACUAUGAAAAGACAUUCUACAAUUGUUCUUGCAUUAAACAUGGACUGGCAAAUGCAGAUUCUGAAAAUGACCCCAUUGACGCCUUCCUUGGAAAGUGUAACACCAAGUGCUAUGCACUGCCUUUGUUCUUUGCCUUUUUCUUUUCGUCAAUUGUCUUUUCCAGUUCAGCUAGUAUACCUAUCACCUUGAUUAUCCUCCGAACUUUACCUACAAGUUUACAUUCACUGGGCCUAGCUGUGACCUAUACAAUAUUGAGAAUAUUUGGUUCCAUUCCUGGACCACUGCUUUUUCGAAUAGCAUCAAGUAGUUCUUGUUCUUACUGGGACAUUAAUAAAUGUGGACUCAGAGGACAUUGUUGGAUAUAUAAUAAGUUUAAAAUGAUGUCCAUAUUGCUGGGAUUAUGUAUUUCUUGCAAAUUAAUCUCAACUUUGCUCUCCCUCUUGGCACUUUUAAAGUAUAAUGUUUUAAGAGUUGGAAGUGAGGGCGUAAAGAAAACAAAAGAAAGCAAAGCAAGAAAAACGUAA